GACGACAACGCUAUCAGUAUUCGUCGUAUAUUCGGCCUGUGGUGGUUCUCUGCUGCAGUGUGAAAGUAACCUCGGGUGUGAACGGGUGAAUCUCUGUGUGCAAGUACAAAAUGAGGAUCGUCUUGGCGUUACUUUGCAUUUUCUGCACUGUUUACAGCACUCAUCAGCUAUCUUCGCCAGAAGAUGAUCACUACUGGGCCGGGGUGGUAGAGUUCAGCUCCAAGGACAAAUGGACGACGACCGACAGUCCGGCGACGUACGUCGCGAGGACACUGGCCAGGUACAAGGAGAUCAUCAACUCGCCCGAUGCGGAUCCGCUGGAUAUUUUGGUAUUCCCGGAGUCUACAGCGAAUGCCAUCGAAACGGCUUCGUUUGUUCCUGAUCCAGCGGAGAAGGUAGCUCCGUGUAACAACCUGCGUUACGAACCGAUUGUACGCGAUUUGUCCUGUUUGGCCGGUACGAAGCAACUGUAUUUGGUGGUGAAUGUGGUCGAGAAGGCAAACUGUCCGGAGAGCGGCGAUGAACGACCUUGUGCUAGUGAUGGCCUUAACCACUUCAAUACGAAUGUGGUCUUUGACCACCGUGGAAUCGUCAUAGCUCGGUAUCGGAAGUUCAACCUGUUUGGAGAGGCCGGCAUCAACACUACCGUUUCGGCUGAGCAUGUCUCGUUUAAAACAGAUUUUGGAGUUACCUUCGGAACGUUCAUCUGCUUCGAUCUCAUGUUCGACGAGCCCGCGUUGAAGCUGGUUCGCAGCGGAGUUACCGACAUCAUCUUCCCUACGAUGUGGUUCUCUGAACUACCGUUCCUGACUGGUGUUCAGAUUCAGCAAGCCUGGGCGUACAAAAACAACGUGAAUCUGCUGGCAGCUGGAGCGAGUUAUCCGGAGGUUGGAAGCACCGGAACCGGAGUGUACGCCGGCAAGCGAGGUCGGAUUGUAUCCGUGAUGAAUCACCUCGCUGAAACCAAGCUGUACGUGGCUUCCGUUCCCAAGAUCGACCGACCCCAAGCGGAAAUCAAGAAGCAGCCAACCAUCAAGUACACCGCGGCCCAGAUGGACACCCUGAAGCUGAAGCGAGACCAAAUCGACGGUUACCGUACCAUGGAUCUUCCCCUCCAGAAGACGGAUACCUACGCCGCUUCGCUCUGCCAUAACCGUCUCUGUUGCAACUUCACCAUCGACUAUGAUCUCGCUGGCCCAGUCACAACGCAACCCUUCUACCGCUACAAGAUGGCCAUCCUGGACGGUAAGCGGACGUUCGACGGGUUCGCCGACGGAUUCAUUACGGCGUGUGCGAUCUUUGCCUGCACUGGGACCACGCUGGAAACGUGCGCGACGCGCUUCGAGCACGGUGCCAACACGGUGCCGAUGUUUGUGUUCAACUCGAUCGAGCUGACGGGGACGUUCCCCGGUGGGGAGGAGGUGUUCCUGCUGCCGAACAGUGUGGACACGAGCAUUCUUCCGCUGGAGGUCGAUGAAAUCGAGUACAGUGAAGAGAACAUCACGAAGGAUGGCAAACCAUUCGUUGAGAUUACCCACAAACUGGUGAAGCCACGCUCGGAUCUGUAUUCGUUCGCCAUUUGGGGGCGGAAGUUUGUUCAGGAUCAAGAUCCUAAUGCGGCGGUUCCGGUUUCCAUUGGAAGCACACUGUUAGUAUUGGUGGCGGCUGUUUGUUCUAUUAUGUUUAAGUGAAUAAAGCUAGUUUGUUAUUAAAA